AUGGAGACAAGCAGCCCGGGCUGUAAGAAAGCCGCCCACGUCCCCUCCCACACCCCUCCUCCCGCAACGCUGUUGUCGUCGGUAACAGAAGAACAAGCUAAGGACAUGAGCUCUGCCACGAGCGGCGGGGCAGCGGUGCUGGGGGGGCUGGAGGACGACAAGGACAGAAUUGUGGUGGAGAUCAUGCAGAUGUACAGCAGGCAGCAGGAGAAGCUCAACUCCACCUUGCACAAGCAGCUGCAGCUUGAAAUGGAGCUGGAGGCAAUGCGCGGGGGCGAAGCGGCGAGGCUACGGGAGCUGAGCGCCGAGCAGCGGGAGCUGCGCAGCGAGCUGGAGGCGGUGCACAGCGAGCAGGCGCGGCAGCUCAGCCAGGCACGCCAGGAGCAGCUGGAGCUGGAGACCCGUCUGGAGCAGCUCAGACAGCAGGCCUGUGCCUGUGAGCCGGGGGCUCAACGGCAGCAAGAGGCCCACUACACCGCUCAGGUACGGGCUGUCAGGACGAAUCACAGUGACGGGCCCAGCUAUCAGCAGAGAGCCAACGCCGCACAUUAG